UGAUAACUAGAAGUUACUGGCUGAAAUGCUCUCCAGGCCCGUGAGGGAGACGGUUUGACUGGAACCGGCGUUCUAUCACUGCCUCGCUUGACACCCCGCAAAAUGCAUGUACCAACCGACACCACCUGCACCCAGCUGAACGCAAUCUAGGCCGGCCGCGACCUGCUGACAAGGCCUGCUUGGAACCCGAGGCCGUUCUUCCCGCUGCCUGCAGGACAAAAGAAAAAAUAUAUACUCUUGAGGCAAAUAUCAGUCUUAGGAGUUUCAGCAACUGCAUUCUAUUGGCUAUCACGAUUUUGUGAUGAAAGAUUGCGUGAUAAUUUGUGGCGAUAAGCGAGAGGAUGAAGAUGCGAAACGGCGAACCUCGAAAAGAUAAAAGGGAGAUGAUCUUGCGCAAUUCUCUAAAUCGUAAAUGCUCCCAAGCAUCUCUUUUAGGCAACCUUACUUCAGAUUCUGAUUCAGGGACAGAUAGCUGUUAUAAUGUCUCCCAGUGCAACCGUACCGGUCGACUCGCAUCGUCCUCCUAAAGACAAAAACGCAACAAGCAGCAGGAACACUGAGCCCUUGAAGAAAAGCGGAGCUCUCGAUGCUGCCUUUGCAUUUGAAGACCUUACUCCGGUUAUUGGAAGGGAAUAUCCCACGGCACAAAUCGUCGAGGAUAUUCUGAACGCUCCCAAUGCGGAUGACUUGCUCCGGGAUGUUGCAAUCACAAUCAGCGAGCGGGGCGUCGUAUUCUUUCGAAAGCAAGACAGCCUUACCGACGAUCUGCAAAAACAAUUCAUCUCACGCCUAGGAGAGUUGACCGGAAGACCUAAAAGUUCGACCCUUCAUAUCCAUCCCGUUCUAAACAACACAAACGAAUUCGGCGCCGAUGACAGUGAGAUCAGCACUAUCUCCUCACUCUACCGGAAAGCUCGAUAUGAUCUCGGCCAGCCGUCGCUGCGCAAAAACACCAGAAACACCGAGGCGUCGUGGCACAGUGAUAUCCAAUUCGAGGAGGUGCCCGCCGAUUACACGAGUCUGCGGUUGAUUCAGCUACCGAAGAAUGGCGGAGACACACUUUGGGCGUCAGGAUAUGACGUCUAUGACCGCUUUAGCAAGCCUUACCAAAAGCUCUUCGAUAGCUUGACGGCUACUUUUGUUGGUGAUGGCUUCCUCAAAGCGGCUGAGGCUGGAAAGGCCGUCCUGUACGACCAGCCUCGUGGUUCACCGGAGAAUGUGGGCAAACAUUUGUCUGUUACCCAUCCGCUCGUGCGGACAAAUCCCGUGACAGGAUGGAAGAGUAUCUAUGGAAUCGGGAAUUUCCCAAAGAUCAUCAAUGAGUUAGACCCCGAGGAGAGCGCAGAACUGCUCAAGAAGUUUUACCAUGUAAUCCUGGAUAACCAUGACCUACAAGUCCGCUUCAAGUGGAAAAAUCCUAACGACAUCGCUAUUUGGGAUAAUCGCAGCGCAUUUCAUUCGGCUACCUUUGACUAUGAGGGACUGGGCGAACGCUCUGGCAACCGUGUGGUGGGCAUUGGCGAGAAGCCUUAUCUCGACCCGAACAGCAAGUCCAAAGCGGAAGCGCUUGCUGCCACGGCUGAGGUAGGCGCUUGAAGUGCUGGAAGGAGGGAACAGACAGACGGGCAGAUCAAUGAAUCAUGGGAGCAGAGCGCGAUUGCGUGUACCUAAUUCAAUACGCUGAUUCUCUCGCAUUUCAACCAACUAGAAUAAAUUACGCGCCGUGCCCGUUACUGGGCUGACUGCCCCUCGAAAGUGCCCCGGAGAGGUCCGAAUAGUGUGAAUAUCCAUAGUGGCAGACGUCAGGUCAUCUCGGGAUAGGUGGAACAAGUGCUAGAGGUUGCUGAGCAGGAAUAAGUGUUUCAACAC